UGGCUGGUUAAAGAACCAUCCGGAUCGCAGCGCUGGGGGAGGGUUGGGUGGGGGGAGAGCGGCGGCCGCGCGUGAGGCCGAGGGAGGGGCGGCGGCGCGAGCGGCGGCGGUGGCGGUUCCAGCAUGAAGAGGAGAGCUGGCCUGGGGGGCAGCAUGAGGUCAGUGGUGGGCUUCUUGUCCCAGCGGGGCUUGCAUGGGGACCCCCUGCUCACUCAGGACUUUCAGAGGAGACGCCUGCGGGGCUGCAGAAACCUCUACAAGAAGGACCUCCUCGGCCACUUCGGCUGUGUCAAUGCCAUUGAAUUCUCCAACAAUGGAGGCCAGUGGCUGGUCUCAGGAGGAGAUGACCGCCGGGUUCUGCUAUGGCAUAUGGAACAAGCCAUCCACUCCAGGGUCAAGCCCAUACAGCUGAAAGGAGAGCAUCAUUCCAACAUUUUUUGCCUGGCUUUCAACAGUGGGAACACCAAAGUGUUCUCUGGAGGAAAUGAUGAGCAAGUUAUCCUCCAUGAUGUUGAAAGCAGUGAGACCCUGGACGUGUUUGCUCAUGAAGAUGCAGUAUAUGGCUUGUCGGUAAGCCCAGUGAAUGACAACAUUUUUGCCAGUUCCUCAGAUGAUGGCCGGGUUCUUAUUUGGGACAUCCGAGAGUCUCCCCAUGGAGAGCCCUUCUGCCUGGCAAACUAUCCAUCGGCCUUUCAUAGUGUCAUGUUUAACCCUGUGGAGCCCAGGUUAUUGGCCACAGCCAAUUCAAAGGAAGGAGUGGGACUCUGGGAUAUUCGAAAACCUCAGAGUUCUCUCCUGCGCUAUGGUGGAAACCUAUCCCUACAAAGUGCCAUGAGUGUGCGAUUCAACAGCAAUGGGACUCAGCUCCUGGCCCUGAGGCGUCGCUUGCCCCCUGUCCUCUAUGACAUACACUCUCGCCUGCCUGUGUUCCAGUUUGACAAUCAGGGUUACUUCAACUCAUGCACAAUGAAAAGCUGCUGUUUCGCAGGAGAUCGUGACCAGGUAUGUGCACUUUGCCUCCUGCAUCCCACACUCAUGCUUUCCUCUCUGAUUGUUCUUUUGGGUGGCAUUGGUAGGGUGGUCAACGGAGCCUUCAUGGUGCUGAAAGGGCAUCGAUCUAUUGUUAACCAGGUCCGAUUUAAUCCCCACACCUACAUGAUCUGCUCUUCUGGUGUAGAAAAGAUUAUCAAGAUCUGGAGCCCAUAUAAGCAGCCAGGAUGUACCGGAGACCUCGAUGGUCGAAUUGAGGAUGAUUCCCGCUGCCUCUAUACCCAUGAAGAGUACAUCAGUCUUGUGCUGAACAGUGGGAGUGGCCUGUCACAUGACUACGCCAACCAGUCGGUCCAGGAAGACCCCCGGAUGAUGGCCUUCUUUGACUCCCUGGUACGCCGAGAGAUUGAGGGCUGGAGCUCUGACUCCGACAGUGACCUUAGUGAGAGUACUAUCCUUCAGCUGCAUGCGGGGGUCAGUGAGCGCUCGGGCUACACUGACUCAGAGUCCUCGGCCUCGCUGCCUCGCUCCCCACCUCCUACAGUCGAUGAGUCUGCUGACAACGCCUUCCACCUGGGACCCCUGCGGGUCACCACCACAAACGCAGUGGCGUCAACUCCACCAACACCCACGUGUGAGGAUGCAGCCUCCCGCCAGCAGCGUUUGUCUGCGCUGCGGCGCUACCAGGACAAACGCCUCCUGGCCCUUUCCAAUGAAUCCGAUUCUGAAGAGAAUGCCUGUGAGGUUGAACUGGACACAGAUCUCUUUCCCCGGCCACGGUCACCCAGUCCUGAAGAUGAAUCCAGCAGUUCCAGCAGCUCCAGCAGCUCAGAGGAUGAGGAGGAACUGAAUGAACGCCGAGCUUCUACCCGGCAGCGGAACGCCAUGCGGCGCCGACAGAAGACACCCCGAGAAGAAAGGCCCAGUGCCCCAGUCAAGCCCACCAACACCUACAUUGGAGAAGACAACUAUGAUUACCCCCAGAUUAAAGUGGAUGACCUCUCCUCCUCCCCUACCUCCUCUCCUGAGCGGAGCACUUCCACACUGGAGAUUCAGCCAAGCCGGGCGUCACCAACUUCUGACAUAGAAUCAGUUGAGCGAAAGAUUUAUAAAGCUUACAAGUGGCUCCGCUACUCCUACAUCUCCUACUCAAAUAAUAAAGAUGGAGAGACCUCCCUAGUGGCAGCCGAGGCAGAGGAAGGGAGGGCGGGAACCAGCCUCAAAGACAACCCAGCCCCUUCUUCCAGUAAGGAAGCCUGUCUAAACACAGCAAUGGCCCAGAGGAACCAGGACUUGCCCCCUGAAGGCUGCAGCAAGGAUGUUUUUAAAGAAGGGACUUCUACUAGGAAUCCCAACAGUGGCCCAGGCCAUGAGCACAGUAGCCACCCUUGGGCAGAGGUGCCAGAGGGCACCUCUCAGGACACUAACAAUGGUGGCUCUGUAGAACACCCUUUUGAAACCAAGAAGCUCAAUGGAAAGGCCCUGAGCAGUCGGGCUGAGGAGCCACCGUCUCCUCCUAUCCCCAAGGCAUCUGGCUCCACUCUCAGCAGUGGGUCUGGCAACUGUCCUAGGACCCAGUCCGAUGACAAUGAGGAGAGGAACCUUGAAACCAUCUGUGCCAACCACAACAAUGGACGCUUACACCCCCGCCCCUCUCACCCUCACAACAAUGGGCAGAACUUUGGAGAGCUGGAGGUGGUGGCCUACUCUUCCCCGGGAAAUUCGGACACUGACCAUGAUAACUUGUCCCUGACAGGGACACUCCUACACAAAGAUUGUUGUGGGUCUGGAAUGGCCUGUGAGACCCCCAGUGCUGGAACAAGAGAGGACCCCACUGACCCCUCAGCCACAGACAGCAGCAGGGCUGUUCAUGGCCACAGUGGCCUCAAAAGGCACCGAGUUGAAUUGGAAGAUACGGAUUCAGAGAAUUCCUCCUCAGAGAAGAAAUUAAAAACAUGAUAAAUAAAAAGGGAAAACAAAAAGCUACAAAAAGUAGCCUUACAAAAAAAAUUCCUGUUUAGUGAACACAGAGGAAAGGAAAAACAAGUAUUAAAGGCACAUUAAACCAGGGCCUGAAAUGUUGUGUCUGAUGCUGCUCCCUUCUAUCCAACAUUCAUCGGUGGGUCUGAGUGUCUAGGUGGCCGUUGGCUUGUGCUGUGUUAAGAAAGGGAAAAAAAACCCAAGUGACUCCUUUCUAAGUGAGACUUGAGCAUAGUGUGCCUGUGCAAGGUUCUGUGAAAGUGAAUCCUUGUUGAGACG